UCCUGGAGGAGCUCAUUUCAAUUUGUCCUUUAUUUUUCUCUGUUUCUCGUCAUCUCUGCGUGUCGUAGAGACAUGGCAGGAUACACAGCAUCGUUAAGCGGCUCCAGACCCGUGUUGCCGUCAUGCCCAAGAAAGGGAACCGAAAACGGCUGAAAUUUAGGGCCGGGGAUGUUUGCUCGGAGUCAGUGACUGUGGCAGACUUUGCCAACGCUGACCCAGCUGUCGUGAAGUCCGGAAGGCUGAAAAAGGCUGUCGCAAAUGCUAUUGAAAAAGAAGUGAAGUUACUUUGUGGACUGGAGGCUUCCCAGGGUCCGGUGCAGGAGGUGUUGUCCUCAGUGGAAGGCGUGAGCCCAGCUGACCGGGACAGCAGCGAUGAGCUGGAGACCGAGGAGGUGGACGAAGACCCCAAGGGGACCCGCAAGAAGAAAAACAAGAGACGCAAAGAGAACAGCGAGUGUCAGGACGGAGACGAGUACCCUAUAGACAUAUGGCUGGUCCUCUCAGCGUACAUCCGCCCCGAAGACGUCUGCAAGUUUUCCCUCAUAUGCAAGAACGCCUGGACCGUCACCUGCACUGCAGCCUUCUGGACCAGACUGUACCGAAGGCACUACAGUUUGGAGGCGGACCUGCCGGUGCGGCUCCAGCCGGACUCCCUGGCGAGCAUGCGGUGCCUGCGGGCGUGUGUGAUCCGCUCGCUCUUCCUCCUGUACGAGCCCUUCAGCGCCCGCGUCUCCGCCAGCCCGCCGCUGCCCGAGGCCACGCCAAACACACUCGUCAACUCCAAGUGUCUGAUGUUCUGGGUCAACGAGCAGGCGGGAUCCCGGCCAGAGAAACUGUGGCAGUUCAAUUUCAAAUUUGAGAAGCAUGCCCCUAAGAAUAAGAACGGUCCCGACCGAUCCCUGCAACUUCCCAAGCGCUACAAGGAGGUGCACACCAACCCCGACUCCGACUGCCUGCUGCUGCAGGUCAACACCCUCAACUUCAUCUACAUCCCCCACCUGGUCAUGGGCAUGAGCCUCUCCCUGAUGGCCAUCAACGUGAGCACGGACAUGCGUCACCACCGCGUGCGGCUGCUGUUCCAGGACUCUCCGCUGGUGCGCGGGCAGAAGAGGAGGGCAGAGCACGGCCUGCAGGUGGCGCUAGACCCCGUGCACAGCGUGCGCCUCAUGGACUGGUGGCAUCCCCAGUACCCCACCUCAGCAUAGCGCCAACAUCUCAGACCUGCCCCCGAUACCCCCGUUCUACCACAGACCUGCCCCUGAUACCCCAGUUCUACCAUAGACUUGCCCUUGAUACCCCAGUUCUACCACAGACUUGCCCCUGAUACUCCCGUUCUACCACAGACUUGCCCUGAUACCCCAGUUCUACCACAGACUUGCCCUUGAUACCCCAGUUCUACCACAGACUUGCCCCUGAUACUCCCGUUCUACCACAGACUUGCCCUGAUACCCCAGUUCUACCACAGACUUGCCCCUGAUACCCCAGUUCUACCACAGACUUGACGUUGGCACCCAAGUUUCACCUGAGGUCCUUCCCCUAGUUCUGCAGUUUUAGUUCAGACUCCACUCUGUUUUACCCGGCGUAACCUGUCCAGCGUCACCUGUCUAGCGUUACCUGUGCAGCGUUACCUGUGCAGCGUUACCUGUCCAGCGUUACCUGUGCAGCGUUACCUGUCCAGCGUUACCUGUCCAGCGUUACCUGUCCAGCGUUACCUGUCUGGCCCUCUUUAUUCUAAUAUCCCAACAACGUCCACUUGCACUAGCGCUGAUGUCGUAUUUUACGUCAGCCUAGCUGCAGUCUAGCAUCCUUCCACCCUAGCCUAGCCUAGCCGCAUUUUUAGUUCUUUAGACCUCAGUCGUUCCCCAAUAAGACCAGUAUCACAUUCAAAACCCUCGUUUUGGCACAACUUGACUGAAAUCAAGUAGACCUCUACCCAGCAAACCUGCUAGUCUGUUGACUACCCGACGGUACCCAACACACACACACACACACACACACCGCCCCCCUCCAAAGCCAGUCACAGCAGCACUCUAGCUGUUUGACCAGAGCUUCGGUCCAGUGAAAACCCCCUCAGUGUCGGACUGUUUUCUUGCAUGUGGAGUAGCUAGGCUAAGCUAAGCUGUAAGGUGGUGUAAGUUAGCACUAGUGGGGUUGGUGUUGCUAGCAGCUACAGUGCACCAGUAGACCACUGGUCCUCACCUAGCCGGCCCCCUGUCUGACCUGCCCUGACCCAGGCCCGGGGCUGGGGUUGGUGUCGGUGGUGCUAUGGACUCAGUCCGGGCAGUACAGGACCAGUGGCCUACUGGUGCAUGCUAGCUGCAGUAUGUCUUUGCAUGAGUGUUUCUCUGUCGCUAAUGCUAGUAGAAGAAGUUUGCCGGUAGACGUGCGUCUCAUUCGCUGAAGAUCAUCCUCUCGUUGUCUCCGUUAAGGUGAGACGCUGUAGACCAGUGGUUCUGGUCCAACCUUCCUGGACUGAGUCCCAAACCAGCUCUCACAUGUGUGAAUGUCGACCUUACUGACCUCUAUAGAAGGCUCACCUAGACUGUAGACAUGUUAGGUCUUGUGUCGUGUGAAUCUCUAAGAUGGUGUUUGGUGCAGGACUAUCAGUAGUGUGUUUCACUCAAAUUCUCCUUUAGAUAUUUACUUGCUUCUGAAUUGGAGCAUAGCCGCUUAUAUAGAUACAGAUGUUUUUCAUUAGUUCUGGGUGUCACUUGUUUAGCGAGUAGGAUAGAGCUCUGGGUCCAAACAUCAGCUGGUCCUGGAGAUCUGUCUGUGGCAAGAGUCCAGCUCUGAGCCCCGAGAGGCCGGUGAGAGUUUUCCAAGCACAUGGUUUGGUAGUGAACGUCCCAUCAGAAGAGGGUUUUCCAAGCACAUGGUUUGGUAGUGAACGUCUCAACAGAAGAGGGUUUUCCAAGCACAUGGUUUGGUAGUGAACGUCCCAUCAGAAGAGCCUUUAUGGCUUCAUUGUAACAAAGCAAAGGAGGUUUCCCACUUACUCUGAGCUGACUUUUCCGGGUUUGAUACCAAACUGCAAACUUAGGAAAACUUUGUGUGCAUGCUCACGUCGUUGGCACUAAAACUGAAACGAUAAGGCCGUGUUUUUUCGCCUCAAACGAGAGUAUUCCUAAGUGUUACAGGGACGUAAAAAGCAGCGACUCAAGCGCAGUUUGUCCAUCACGUCUCUCCGUAGGGGAACAAAUGAAUAGAUGCGAGGGCAGGUUGCCCAUCACGUUUCUCCGCAGGGGAGCGCCCGGAAGUGAGAGAUGCGUGUCCAAAUGGUCGCCUUCUUAACCCUUUGCAGUCCAUCCUAGUCUUCUUAACCCUUUGCAGUCCAUCCUAGCCUUCUUAACCCUUUGCAGUCCAUCCUAGUCUUCUUAACCCUUUGCAGUCCAUCCUAGCCUUCUUAACCCUUUGCAGUCCAUCCUAGCCUUCUUAACCCUUUGCAGUCCAUCCUAGCCUUCUUAACCCUUUGCAGUCCAUCCUAGUCUUCUUAACCCUUUGCAGUCCAUCCUAGUCUAGGGCCAGUGGACGGCUGGUCCCUCUCAGGUGGAUCCUGAUCCCCUUGAAUAUGUUUUGGAAAGGAUGUUGACCACUAUUUUUUAUAUAUAAUAAUAAUAAUUAUUAUCAUUAUUUGAUAACUAAAACAAAACAAAUCACAAGUAUUAUGCUGGCAAAAUUCAGAUUUUUUUAGUUACUGAUUUGUUGUUAUUUAAUCAAUGCCUCGUCAGGCUGCUCUGGAGAUGCACGACCGGGAGGUUACAAACACAAACAUGAUUGUGUUUGUUUGUUUGUUUGUUUUGAAUACAGACGUUUGGCUUGUAGCCUGCCCAGACUGUAUUUCUAUGUAAAAUGACUUGAAUGCUGCUCCAUACUGCUGAUGGUUCAGCAGCCAUGUUGGUGCACUUAAAGAGGAAUGAAGAAGAUGCAUGAGAAAGCAAACAGCAGCUUUGCUUGUGUUAAUUAUGCCCUGUAGUUUCUACUAAUUACAUUGUGAAGGACGCUCAUGAUGAUCGGUUCCCUUGAUUCCCUUUGCAUAAAUAGAUUCAGCACCAGAGUUCCCAGGUAGUUCAUUCCAUUUUCAGAACACAUGGCAAUGUAGAGUUCCGUUUGUUUCAUCAAUGGGCAUUACUCAUUUGAAAUAAAGACAGAAUGAA